AGAAAAAGCAACCAAUCAGAAAUCAGCGAGGAUAUUUCUGGUUCCAUAUUAACGCUUUGAUUGGCCAAUUACUCGUCAAUGGGAGGUUUACACACGUUAUCUCAGAGGUCAACAGAAUGGCGCUGUUCAUGUUGAAUAUACACACUACAUGAACCUCUGUAUAGGACUUUUGUGAAUAUACUAUGAUGGGUCUCAUAGAUUUUAAAUGAACUUCGACACACCAAAUUAUUAUUUUGCUGCUAUUUAAAGGAUUAUUUUCAAGUCUUUGAACUAUGUCUGGUUCAAAUGUUUGGACUCGCAGCAGAGCGAGAAUGAGACUCUUCCCAGAGCUGUUGGCUCAGUGCUCAGGAGAGGCAGCUGCUUAUGGGAAAUGUGUGGCCGCCACAACCACUGGAAGACAGGAGCUGACCAAAAACAUGUGUCUCAAAGAAUUUGAAGCACUGAGAAGCUGCUUUCAAUCUGCUGCGAAAAAGGGAGUAAAGUGAACAUCAUCAUGAAUAAAUAUCAUAUUAACCUUGACGACAUUGGAGAUCAUUUAAAUGAAUUAGCCAGUAAAACAUGUCUGCUGAUGAAUAUCUUUUCAUGGUAGAUUUGUCAUUUCUCUCUCUUUGUAAAUACACACAGAUAUAUUAAUAAUGCGUUUCAAAUGGAUUUCAACUGUAUUGUGCCCAAAACCACAAUAAAUUUUUUUCAUAAAAA